AUGCUUCCCACGAAGAAGCAGGCUCUCGCCGGCGUUGCCGUGCUGACGACCGGUGCACUUGCCCAAAUUGCCGGCCAAGACUGGGCUCACAUUCCUCUGGGAUGCAUCUCUGCCGACUUCUCGGGCCUGGCUCCUCCGGUGACCUUCGUGAACAAUAACGAAGUCGUGUGCUCGACCCACUGUUACGAGAACAACUUUGGAACCGCUGCUUCCCAGGGAACCCAAUGCUACUGUGGUCCCGCCGAUUUAGACGGCGAGUUCCGCGAGAACCAGGACGAGUGUGACAUUGUCUGCCCCGGAGCUCAGGCGGACCUGCCAGAUGAGACGUGCGGUGGAACCCAAGCGAGCCCUUCAGUCUACAACUUCUAUGCCAUCUUCAACCUCAACGACCCGUUCCCCCCGGAGCCCCCUGUGACGGAGAGUAGCACCACGGCCGAGGCUACCCCUUCUGCCCCGACCACAGUCACAGAGUCUACAACCAUGCCGACUCCCCCUCUGGUGACCUCGCCGAGCGUCGGCCCUGACACGGUUUCCACGACGGCUCCCGGUACGGAGUCGACUGCUCCCCCGAGCACCUUCUCCACGAGCACGUCGAUGAGCAUGUCGGACGACGAGGGCGUGCUGCCCGGCGGCGGCACGGAGUCGAGCACCGCCGCGACCAGCACGCUGACCAGCACGAUCUCGGCGGCGGGCGACGACGCGGCCGCGGUGGUCACCGAGACGGCAACGUCGACCUGGACGACGACGACGUGCACCAACGGCCUGUGCAACGGCUACGCGUCCCCGACGGGCGGCGGGCUCGGGGUCCUCCCGGCGGGCUGGAAGAUCUUCAUCGAGAUCACCAUCGUGCCGCUGGUGCAGCCGUGCGCCGACGGGCGCAUGACGACCACCAUGGCGCCAUCGUCGUCGACGCGCUACUACGACCCGGCCAUGAGCACCACCACCAUCGUCAUCGAGGACAGCGUCACGCGCACCAUCCUCGUGCCCGUCACCCGCGUCGCCGUCGUCACCGCCUCGCCUUGGGGCAGCGGCAGGACCAACGGCUCUCAGGACAUGCCCGUCCAGGCCAACGGCGCUGCGGGGUUGUCGGCUUCUGCGGGUGCCCUCGUGUACAACCAUGCAGACAUGACUGCCGCUAGAGGUCUGAAAGCGGAGCACCAAACCCAACUCUCAUCAGCGAGACUAGUGCUGCGCGGUGCCAGGCCGGAAGAUGCAGCACACCUGCAUGUUGCAUUCAAUCAUGCGGAGGUUAUGAAGUAUUGGUCGACACUUCCACAUGCAAGCAUCGCAGAGACACAAAAGUGGGUGAAUGGAAUGAUCGCGGCGCCCUGCAACGGUGUUACAGACUUCAUCGUCUGCCUCAAAACGAGCGCCCCAUAUGGCCAGCCGACCCUGCUGCCGAUUGGCAAGGCUGGAGUCUGGCGCGACCAGGAGAUCGGCUUCAUGAUUUCAAGGCAGUAUUGGGGACAGGGCUUGGCGACAGAGGCUGUGUCACUCGUGCUCGACCACCUGUUCUUUGGUGGCAGCGACGGAAGAAGUUUGGUUGGUGAUCUCGUCGUGGCUGACGUCGAUCCGAGGAAUGAAGCAUCAUUGAAGGUCCUGGGCAAGUUGGGAUUUGUGGUUUACGAUACCAAGGAGAAGACUUUUGAGAUUGGCGGCAAAGACACCGACCUCAUUCAAUGCGAGAUCUUCGAAACAUUUCUUCACCAGGUUGACGGUGUUCCGUACGAGGCCCUAUCUUACACUUGGGGUGAUGCGACGGACCAACAUAAGAUUGAGCUCAACGGCAAGGUCCACCUCGUCACCUCGAACCUCUUCCAAGCACUGCGAGACCUACGGCUCGAAAAUGAGGAUAGAGUUCUCUGGGUGGACGCCAUCUGCAUAAAUCAGCAGGAUCUCAGUGAACGUGGACACCAGGUGGGACAGAUGACUCUCAUCUACAAGAACGCCGAGCAGGUGCUUAUAUGGCUGGGCCCGGCGUCGAAGCACACAGAUGAUAUCCUGACUUGGAUGAAGACUUUGGAUCAGAAAGUCGUCGCAAGGCGUGACUACAGAAGAAACUCGACCGAGGCAUGGCGCGCACAGCUGGAAGGGUCUGUGGAGGACCUCGAAGACAGCGAUUGCAUCUCUCCACAGUGGAAACUCUCAACCGAGUUGACUACCGAAAUUCCGCAACUUUAUGAAGCGUCAUGGUUCAGUAGGAUCUGGAUCCUACAAGAAGCUGCAAACGCCAGGUCUGCUCUUGUCAUGUACGGUCGUCAGUCGGUGCCCUCACGCACCUUUGCCGUGAUGCCAAUGCUCAUGGGCUUCGAGAUCACCAAGGGCAAGCAGGCCGUGCUGGAAUUGAUGCCGGGACCAGCACGCGAAAACUCUUUGUUCAGGGAGCGGUCUGAUCUGGAGUUUCUGAUUGGAGAGUUCGCUCGCCACAGUGAGGCCAGUGACGAGCUAGAUAAAAUAUACGCACUACUCGGCAUGGCUUCUGAUUCUGCGAAUCCAAAGUUUAUUGUUCCUGAUUACAAGGUAUCCCUACAAGUUCUGAUCAAGCGAACGCUUGUUUAUCUACUUUCUAUCCGCGAUAUAGACGUGGAUUUUGAUGCUUUGCCAUCCUGGACACUGGAUGAUCUGAUCGAUUCUCUGCCGUCGCUCUGCUCUCGACUGUUUGGCUAUGCGAUCAACAAUGCAACCGAGCCAUGGGAUCCAUUUGACCUUCCUAUCGAGGAUGCAUCAGAAACAUUGAGUGAAAAUUAUCUAGCAGAAACCUUGGCUGUGGCUGUGCUGCCACAAAUCACGGCCAGGAGCCUACUCGAGGGCUCUUGGCACUACCCAUCAACCCCAACACUCUGCUUCCUAGCAAGGAAUGGAGGGUUUGAUCGAUUGACAGAGGCUCUCUCAUUACGAAGUGAUCUGGAAAUGAAAGGUGAUGAGAGCCAUGCGCCACUGAUUAUCCUCGCUGCGCAAUAUUUGAACUGGAAGAUGGUCAACACGCUGCUGCGCAAUGAUAGGAUCAAUAUCUGGGCUACUUUCGGGCACCCGAGCUCUGUCAUUGGCCACGCGGCACAGGACGGUCAGAUUGAUAUCAUGCAUCUGCUCUACUGCCUCAGACAUGCAAGAGGUCUCAACAAGUCCAGGCCUUUUCUUUAUGAGCCCCCAUGGCGGCAUGGACUGAGAUGUAAUCUGAUCAGCGAUUUCAUCCACAGCCUUUGCGGGCUGGGAAAGCAGCUCGACCCGUACGACAGAGAUACCAAUAACCCCUGGCUACUGUGGUUGUCGGCAGCACUGGGCGAUACUGCUGCUAUAGAAUGGCUGGUAUCGCAAGGCGUAGGGGUUGACGCCUGGGAAGGGUCGGAAAAUCAAACUAAUCUCCACGACCUGGCCCCUACGCCUCUGUGGAUUGCAGCCUGCUGCGGACACAAAGAAGUUGUGCAGUUGCUUAUAUAUCUGGACGCUGAUAUCAAUCCUUCUUCAAGAACCCUCGGUAUCGCGCCAGUAGCCAUAGCUACUGGGCACAGUCCUGACCAGCUCGCGCAUUUUCUGCUAGAAAAGGGAGCC